AAGUCAUGGGGUCCGGGACCGCCGCCCACUUCAGUUCUCGGCCGAUUUUUGGGCCGUCGGGUUCCGUCCUCGUGCAGCCCUUUUUACCCGUUGCUGUAAUACUGCGCCGCGUGCCCUUUGGAGCAGCCGGCGAGCUAGGGUGGUGUCCUCCUGCGUGGCUCGUGAGCAUGCGCAGAUCGCUUGAGCGAGCGCAGCGGCAGCGUGACGGAGCGGAUGGAGCUGGAGCCGGGCGGUGUGGGGCCCGCGCGGGCGCUGGAGCCGCUGCGGUACCUCCGCGAAGCGCUGCGGGCUGCGCUAUCUCGGAUCCGAGAAGGGGAGUCGCGGGAGAGCAACGAGACCUUCGAGCAGCAGCGCUUCUGGGACACGCUAGGUCAGACGUUCAGAGCGACAUCCCAGGAAGCUACGAAGUUGAGUCUGGCAUUCUCAAGGCCUCCGCUGCCUUCUGCAGAGGACUGUCAGAAACUGAGCGAUGGUGUCCAGAAUGCUGUCCUGGCAGCAGCCACAGUGUAUUACUGGCUUCCCAAGGACCAAGGUACAACUCUGCGGAAGAUGGUGCGGGAUGCUGCUGCCGAGGUGGUGGAAGGAAUGAUCCAGCUCACAGACGUGAUUCUCAGUACUCCACUGCAGAGUUUGUCUCAGGAGCAGCUUAUAUCAACUGGUAGCAUAUGGGAGGCAUGUGAGCAGAUUUCCCAUCUGCCACAAGAUAACCAGGCAGCAGUCCUGUCAGCCAUGUCCGCCUAUCUGGGUGUGGUCAGGGAUGCGGUGGAGGAAAUGGAGCAGGCUCAGGGGGAAGAUCAGGACCCCUACAGUGACAUCAUGGAGGAUGAGGAGCUGGGCUCUCGGGGCAAUAGGGACACGUACUGGUCUGAGGCUGACCGAAAGCUACUUGGCCCCUGCAUGGGGCUGAUGAAGGCCUCCAAAGCCUGCCUGAAGAAGCUCUUGGGUGCAGUGAAGGUUCACGGCAAAGCAGACACCCCAGAACAGGUGGCUCAGCUAGAUGAUCUUGCAGACAUCACCAAUGAGAUCAGCCCGAGUGUUGAUGAACUGGCACUGAGCAUGUAUCCACCCAUGAACCAGUUGGCUGUGCGACUCAAUGCUGCCAAACUGGCCUCUAUAUUAAAGAAAGUCCUAGGAAUUACUAAGGGAAGCCAUGUGUGUCCCCCAUCAGAGGAAGGCUGGGUUCAGUUUCUCAGUGGUGCAGUAGAUCACAACAUGGACAAAAUUAAGGACUUCACGCAGAGUGAACUUUAAUGCUUCUGCGACCAGGGUCUCUAACAGCUGCCUUUCUGGUGCAUCUGGUCAUUCCCUGAAUAUAGGGAGAGCAGUGGGGUUGGCGUUUGAGGGAAGAGCUUUUUCAACCUGGAAGAACUUUGCAAAUGCAAAGUGUGACUUGCUGGUCUUCUCUGGUAAUUGCCAACACUGCCACCCUUGAUUUGUUUCCUGGGACAAUGAGAAGCUGCAUCUUGAUGUUGUAAAUGUGUCUUGCCCCCUUGGACUUGGCUCUAGGGCUGCCCUACAGGGCAGAAAGGGCAAUAAUAUGUCACUAGGUUCACAUGGUGGCUUUGUUCUGUGAAGGAGGAAGGGUUUUUCUACCUUCAUGAGGCUGGACUGGACUCAUGAAGGGUACAUUUUCUCCUGCCAGCCUGAGAAUGUAUGGAGUGAUGCCCUCGCUUCCUCUGAAUCAUGGGAAAGGAAUAGAGGAAUUUAUCUGCUAGUUCAACAACUCCCUAGCCCUGUGGGCACUAGAGUGCAGUUCUAGGGAGAUGCAGAAUCUUCCCCUUAAAAUCCCAGGCUGAUGCUCUUUUUUACUCCUUGAUAGCUGAGGCACCCUGAUGCCAUGGGGAUGGACAUGGUAUGAAGGUACAGUGAGAAAUCAGUGCCUAACUGGGAUGGUUUUGCCUGGAGCAAGGGGAUGUUGGACUAGAUGGAUAUUAGGCUGCGAAUGUAAUAAGACAACAUUUAACAUGGCUUAAAUGUGCCUUGCAUUAGAGUGAAUGUUGCUGACUCCUGUGCAGCUCUACCAUCCAGCAUAAACUCCCCUCCCUGGAGCGAACCCACCUUGGGGCUGGGGCUUAGGAUAGUAGCAUAUGCUGUACGCUGGGAUCUAGCAGCCACAGUGUUGAUGCCUCUGUAGCCCUUCAGAUUCUGGCUACAGUCAAGAUGCACGGUGAGUCUUCUGGGCCCUGUCUGGGUGGGGUGAAAGGGGAUGGGUAAGCGCAGCAUGCUGCCAGGCUGUACAAAGCCCAAUCUGCUAUGCAGGAGGAGGAGACAAUCUAGGCAGUGCAGUUAUUUUCUUUGCUCAUAGUUCUCGGGGUCUGGAGAUGCAUUUGACAGGCACCAAUAUGGAGUAAGAAGAAAGGGACAGAGUUCUGAUACCAGAGCAUUGAGGAAGGACUGAGGGCUGUAAGAGAGGGCAAGUUAAGGCAAAAGGAGUGAAAACUCUCAAGGAUGUACCUGUAACCUAUCCCCCACUUCUUGGGAACUCCCAUUCAUGUUUGGGGAUUAUCUGCAAAGCCACCGAUAGACAUUUAGUAAAAACCUUUUUGAAAAAGGGCAAGAGGAGGAUGAUUCCACAUCAUGCUUUAGGAGGGCCCUAUGGUUUUCUGAACUGCCUGUGGCUGUGUGAAGGCCUCUUCCAAGACCGAAUCAGCCCAGUAAAGACAUGGACACUUUUAUAAAGAU